CCAUCAUACCCGAGUGUUAGCGGCUACGGCGAAACGGGUGGUGUGGUGACGGGUCGCCAGUCGCCGCGAUGCCCCUUGAGCUGGAGCUGUGUCCCGGCCGCUGGGUAGGCGGGCGACACCCGUGCUUCAUUAUUGCCGAGAUCGGCCAGAACCACCAGGGCGAUCUGGAUGUGGCCAAGCGCAUGAUCCGCAUGGCCAAGAUGGCAGUUGAGUUUCUGCAUGAACUGAAUGUUCCAUUUUUCAAAGUUGGAUCUGGGGACACUAACAAUUUUCCUUAUCUGGAAAAGACAGCCAAAAAAGGCCGUCCGAUGGUGAUCUCCAGUGGGAUGCAGUCAAUGGACACCAUGAAGCAAGUCUAUCAGAUCGUGAAGCCCCUCAACCCCAACUUCUGCUUCCUCCAGUGCACCAGUGCCUACCCGCUCCUGCCUGAGGAUGUCAACCUGCGUGUCAUCUCGGAAUAUCAAAAGCUCUUUCCUGACAUCCCCAUAGGGUACUCUGGGCAUGAGACAGGCAUAGCGAUCUCUGUGGCUGCAGUGGCUCUGGGAGCCAAGGUGUUGGAGCGUCACAUAACCCUGGACAAGACCUGGAAGGGGAGUGACCACUCCGCCUCGCUGGAGCCCGGAGAGCUGGCCGAGCUGGUGCGGUCUGUGCGCCUCGUGGAACAGGCCAUGGGCUCCCCUACCAAGCAGCUGCUGCCUUGUGAGACAGCCUGCAACGAGAAGCUCGGCAAGUCUGUGGUGGCCAAAGUGAAAAUUCCAGAAGGCACCAUUCUGACGCUGGACAUGCUCACUGUGAAGGUGGGUGAGCCCAAGGGUUACCCUCCUGAAGACAUCUUUAGUCUGGUGGGCAAGAAGGCCCUGGUCACUGUUGAAGAAGAUGAGACUAUCAUGGAAGAAUCAGUAGAAAAUCAUGGCAAAAAAAUUAAGUCUUAAAAUAAAAUGUCAUUUUCUGAAUUCUGAACUGCCUUGCUGGUACUGCCAGGUGUAUCUGGGUGAGGUGGGGCAGGAGUGGUGAUCUCCAGAAACCUGGUCUUCGUCCACUCCCUUUGCCUAGGUGGCAGACAGUUUUGGGCCAGGUCCCGUAUCAAGCCUGUUGGAGGGACACAGAGAAUGAAUACCAGUCUCUGUUCAGAUUGGCUGACCCAAGUGGAGCAGGGCUCAGAAGCCAAUCAUCUGUGAGUCCUCUCCUUUAAGCCUCUGUUCUUACUGGCCACAGGGCCAACCCAAGUGACCCCAAAUCUCACUUCCUUCGAGACUUUCAGCUGUCUGUUCUCUUCCAUGGCCCUGAUCCCCUACCUGCUCGAGUUGUGUGUCCAGAGAGCUGUACGACACUUGGCAUUGGAGCAGAGGAAGGGUCUUGCAGACAGAGACAUGGGGAAAGCACUCAUCAGUGAGCAGAGAGAGUGAAGUGUCACACACACCUUUCAACAGUAUGCAUGGGUGUCAGGCUUGCGGGGGGCACAGGCAAACAGUGCAUAACUCAAAUCCCUUCCUCAUGGAACUUCCAUUCAGGUCGGGGCAGGAGCUUGGUAAACUGAGCAUUAGGAAAUAAACCACACAGCCUGCUAGAAGGCUGAGUGUACAAUGAGGCGGGAGCAUCAAGCCGCCUAAGAGAGAUGGGAAGUGUGGAACUUGGCAUACUGCAGCUCAUGAUGGCGUUUCAGUAAGUGUAACACUGACAUGAGCCCCUGUAUAACUCCAUAAUGACAUGAUAAAUCCAGUGAACAAAACUCUCUCACUAUUGUACUUCCCUGAACAGCGGCAUGAAACUUUUCAGAGAUUUUGAGUCCAUUGUUCAUUGAAACCAGUGUUGAGAUGCAUCAUCUUUUCAAAUGUAUUUUCACAUCCUUAGUCUCCAUACUUACUUGACCUUGUUUACUAUAACUCCUCAUUUCCAAGUAUAUAUUUGAGUCUCUCUUCAAAUGCAUGAAUUAACCUUCUGAACACUCUUAAGUGUGAGUACAGGGUCUCCCUCUCCUGCGGGUCCCAAAACAUUUUCUCAUGUCUGUACGUGCGGGUGGGGCGGGGUAGACUGUACUCAUGUGUAAAAGAGAACCUUCAAAUUGACGUGUCAAGAACAGUGUGAUUCUGUCAUUUGUUGGCUGUGGUUACUCCCUUGUCUCCCUGUAUAGUAGAUCUCAAAUAAACAAUCACAGUGUCUGAUUACGUGGCCUUUUUUGCUACAGCAG